GGCAGCGCUACGUUUCCGGCGUUCUGCUCCGAUCCGAUCCCGUUUGUCAGUUUCUGAAAGCCGCCGCCAUCCAAAAACUGUUACCAACAAUGAUCUAACAAUGAAAGCUAUCGAGUCCAGCGGUUGUAAAAAAGUGAAAAUGUGCCAGAAAUCCAGCGAAAUCUAUUAACUAAACAAUAAAAACCGAGGCGAGACUGAGGCCACGCCCGCAGGAGGUGGACACGGUGUCAGAGACGGCGGCGGACAGUGUCCGGCUGUCAGUUGGUCAAACAUUCCAUCAAUAAACGAUUUGACUUCCGUUUCCUUGCGUGCUCUUACCUGUGCAUGUUGUCAGUGCAUGCCAGUGUGUGUGUGCGUGCGUGUCGUCCGUUUGUGUGUGUGUGUGUGUGUGUGCGGAGGAAACUUUGCAACUUCCGGCCAAGUGACUUCGAUUUAAUUUCUUUGGCUUUUUUAUGGUCAAGGCAUUUAAUUAAUUUUACUAUGGCAAUUUGAUCGUCUGGCCUGAACUCUGACCCCUAACCCUGUGCCACAUACAAAAUAAGGACAAGGAAGCAGCCCGAGGAGCAGCAGAAGGAGGCGGACGACCCAAAACUGAGCCACACCCAUUUCAAAUCGCUUUGAAUCGCCACCGAACAAUUGAAAUGUAAUUCGCACCGAAGGUGAACACCAACGUUCUGUGAUAGACGAGUAUACGAGCAGCCAAUCCCCUUGGGAAGCUGCCCCCACAACGAAUCUCGAUUCAAUCAAAUUGAAUUCGAAAUUCAGAAAGCGACAGCGAGACGCAAGGUGAUCUUAACUCCUGGAGCGGCCAACAGAAACGGCGACAAACUGUCGACUCUAUCGAUACGAAACUUCUCGGCAAACAUGCUGAACAAUCUUGGGGCCAAUGUGCUGGGUCCCAAGGAUUGUGAUCUGCCAAAGGCCGCUUUAACGGCGCUGCACGCGGGCGUCAACAGUUUCGGCCAACUGCCCGUGGGUCCAAACUUGGCCGACUUGGGCGGCGGAGCCGGCGGCGGAGGCUCUGGUGCCGGAGUGGGCCCAGUGGGCGGGGGCGUGGCUCGCCUGCACAUCUCCGGUGGGCUGUGCGACAACUCCAAUGCUCUGAACGCCGGAAACGGAAGCGGAGGCAGCGGCAACGGCAACGGCAACAGCAACAACAACGGCAGCAGCAACAACAACAACAACAUGCAGCAACAGGAUCAGCACCUGGACAAAAACAAGCAGAAGCGCCACCGCACCCGCUUCACGCCCGCCCAGCUGAACGAGCUGGAGCGCUGCUUCUCGAAGACCCACUAUCCGGACAUCUUCAUGCGCGAGGAGAUUGCCAUGCGCAUCGGCCUCACCGAGUCCCGUGUUCAGGUCUGGUUCCAGAACCGUCGCGCCAAGUGGAAGAAGCGCAAGAAGACCACGAAUGUGUUCCGCACCCCGGGCGCCCUCCUGCCCUCGCACGGCCUGCCGCCGUUUGGGGCCAAUAUCACCAACAUAGCCAUGGGCGACGGCCUCUGCGGCACCGGAAUGUUUGGCGGGGAUCGCUGGAGUGUGGGCGUCAAUCCCAUGACGGCAGGCUUUGGCCAGCUAAAUCAGUCCUCGCCGCUCUCGUCCUCGCUGAACAGCGGCCUGAACUCAGGCAUUAACAUGGGCUCCGCCCUCGGAGCAGGCAGCUAUCAGCAUUACGGCCUCAACGCUCUGGGCGACUCCAUGAUGUACCAGCACAGUGUGGGCGGGGUCAGCUGCGGGCCGAGUGGUUCGCCGAGCGCCACCACCCCGCCGAACAUGAACAGCUGCUCUUCGGUGACCCCGCCACCCCUUUCCGCACAGCCGAGCGCCAGCCAGAACGAGUUGAAUGGCGAGCCUAUGCAGUCACACCAACAACAGCAGCAGCAGCAGCAGGCUCACCAACAGCAACAGCAGCAAACUCACCAACAGCAGCAGAUGGCGCCACCGACACCCACACAGCAGCAGGAGCUUUGCCACCAGUCCAUGCAGUCACCGUCCGAUGGCGCCACCGACGAGGAUGUGUGGCGAGGACACAGCAUCGCGGCGCUACGCCGCCGGGCUUCGGAACUAAACGCCACGGCGAUCCCCUCCUACCUACACCACCAUGCCGCCGCCCACAACAACUACGAGCAGCAGCAAAUAUACUGAAAUUUGUUGAAGAGCUUCGAAAGCUUUUCGGAUUACGGGUACGCCAACUGCGGCGGCACCCACGACCUGGGCUAGGUGCGCAAAGUCCGUGUAGAGUCGGGCGGAAGGAGGAGGGACUCUUCCGGCGGAUGGAAGGAAGCGUUAUAAGAUAACCAAAACUAGGCUAAAUUACUGUACAAUUUAUGUGUUUGCAUUAUUUGUUUAAUGAUUUCCAAGAUCAAGGAGUGUGUAUCUUCAACUUAAAAGACUAUAAUGAAUGUAAACAUGUAUACGAAAAUCGAAGCUUGAUGCCGAGGACUUGGAUAACCGCAAGUAACUAGGAUCGUAAGCCAACCCAGUACCACCCCCGAGUGGUCGCCCCCUCCCGCAUGAAUAUGUAGACCUUAGCCGUAACAUUUGCCGUAUACGAAAACUGUAAAAACAAGACCGCCCGCGAGAUAAUAGGAGAGUAUCUUCGUGUCCCCGGGCGGCACAAUAAUUUUUGGCAAGGGACUUUCCCGGAGCUCGUACGUAUGUAAGCGUAUUUAUGCCUAGGCGUGUAUGUAAGUAGAUCUAUUCUCAUGUAAGUGUUGUUGUUUUUGUGUAUAGGCAGUAUACCUCCGUUCCGUUGCUAUAUAUCCCCCCGAUUCUAACAUAACCCAUAGAGUAUCAAGCGAAAGUCCCGACAUAGCAAAAUGCAGCGAAGGCAGCUCAAUUCUCAACCCGAAACCGUUUCAGAGUGCACGCAUCCCAUGGAUUAGUUUUACAAUUACCAAUUACAAAUUAUACCAAUACGAAUACAACUAUAUAUACAUGCAUACGAUUAUGGCAUACUUGUAAUAGACUUUCUUGUAUCGUUUAAGCCUAAAUUUAAAUCCAACUAAACAAAAAAUGGAAAACAAUUACUAUGUAUGUAAUUAUGCGUAUUAUUAAAUAGUAAACUAAAUUAAAAAUUAAACGAGAUUUGCAUAACAAUGGCAUCGAGGUUGAAUAAAAACAAGUUCAUAAAGUGGCUGGCUGCGUGCUCCGAUUAAGUGGCUAAUUGAUUUCAGUUGGCUUUUUGAAACAAAAAACUUGAAAUUAAUUCCACUCAUCGGUGGCUAUUUUGUAAUAUCUA